AUGAUUCAGUUUACAAUAAAAACGCUGGACUCCAGAGACCAUCCUUUUACUGUGGACGAUGAGGCCACUGUCCAUCAACUCAAGGAGAAAAUAUUGGAACAGAUGGGAAUCGAAAUUGGUCUGCAGAGGCUAAUAUUUUGCGGCAGGGUCCUACAAGACCACAAGAAAUUAUCGGAUUAUGGAGUCGAGGGUAAGGUGGUGCAUAUGGUGCAGAGGGCGCCCCCUUCUGUUGAAGCCCGAGAUUCAGCUCUACGGGACAGGGAAAGGGAGAGUGAACGUGAAAAUGCAUUCACAAGUCAAGCAAAUAUAACUCCUAACCCGAUACUCAGUCCUUUACACCUAAACCAUAUAACUCAACAACAAAUAAGACGCCUUGUGGCUUUGGCAGCUUCGGCUCAUGGGAUUGAAAUUGAAGAUCAACCUGGUCUCAACUUGUCACCGACUGCUUCACGACUGGAAUUUCUUCGACGGCUGAUUGGAGAAAUAAGGGAUCAAGUAGAAGCUCUUAAACAAAAUGAGAGUGAUGAGCCACCUAAUUACCCAACUGAAGACCCACCGGAGCCAGCGGGCAGUCUUGCAGAGGCUAGUUCCCAGCCCGACGAGGUGAUGUGUCAAAUCCACCAAAGACCUCUGAUUUAUCAGAUUGAACCAGCCUCCGGUACCACCAGGCAGAGCAGGGGCCGAAGCAUUCGCUCGAUGCGGCCAUCGUAUCACACACCGCCCCGUGAUUUCGGCGAGCUUGUCGAUCAACUUCACCAACUUGAUGCGGAAUUUGCGCCGUUUAGAGCAAUGUACAUAACAACCCUUCGCGAGGCCAGCGAUCCUGAGGUCCGUCUAAACGAGGGGCAGCUACAGCGUAGGCAGCGCACAGCCGAGAUAUCAGCAGAGGUGUACCACAGCCUCUCGCACGCCUACCACAUAGUGAGCGACAUCGGCCUACUAAUGACGCACGGCAACUCUCGACUCACGUCUGAGGCGUUGCUGCGGCACCCCUUACCUGUGCAGGCACACAUUAACGUGGUACAAUCAUCGACCACUCGUCGACCACUUAACACCGGUGGUAGCACAUCGGGCCAAUCGUCGUCCGAAGGCCAAGCCCAACAAGGCGCCGCCCAAGCCGGUAGGAACCAACCGACCGUCAAUAUAAAUGUUCAACCAGACCCCAUCACCUAUCAAGUAGAAAUAGAAACCAGGGUACCUAUACCGGUUAACCCGGACAACCAAAGUCAAAAUCAAAACCAAAACCAAAACCCAAAUCAGAACCAAACCCAAAAUCAAAACCAGAACGCCAAUCAAGAUGGACAAGCGAACCGUCGUCAAAUAAUGCUCGAUUUUGAGAAUCUAUUUAGGGGUUUGGGUCAGGCGGGUACGCUCGGUGGUGUUGAAGUUGUGAUGAGUAUGGAGGAGAUACCUCAAGGAGCGGCUCAAGCGAAUCCCCAACAGCAAGAUGGCGCCGGUCCACAUCCAGUGUUUGGUUCUCAGAUUUAUCUGGCACAAAUGCCGUGGGGAGGACCGCCAACUGCUGAUCUCUUGCAAAACAUCGUCUCGUCAGUGAUACGUCAGGGACUUGUUCCCGGAAUGGAAAGCGUAAUGCAUGUGCAACAUCAAAAUCAGAAUCAAGCUGCUGCUAACCAGAAUCAAAAUCAAGCUCCUAAUCCGAAUCAGAGUCAAGCUUCGAAUCCGACUUCGAGUCAGAGUCAUACUCAGACUUCCAGCCAGAGUCAGGGUCAGACGUCUAGCCAGAGUCGUACAUCCACUCAGACUCAGACUACUCAAAGUCAACCAAGUCAAAGCCAGGCCGGUCAGGGUCAGACCGGGCAGGGUCAGACCGGUCAGAGUCAGACUGGCGAGAGUCAGACCGGUGAGAAUCAGACCGGUGAGAGUCAAACCGGCCAGAGUCAAACCAGUCAGAGUCAGACUCAAGAUGGUCAGGAAAAUGCGAGCUCCAGCAGCCAACCUACCCAACAAUCGCCCCGAAGAUCUGAUGGGGGACAAGCUUCUUCUUCUCCAUCAACGUCUGGACGUCCCGCUUCUCAGACGGUUUCGAUCAACAAUUUGGUCUACGACAGAUUCUUGGCGUGUGACAGCCCCCAUGCCAGGCGGCAACUGCAAAGGCGUCGGGAUGAAACGUCCCAGGCUGGCGGGCCGCGUCUAAGGGAUAAUAGCACCAGCCGUAUACAGAACAAUGUGGAGACCCUGUUCGAGAGGUUCGACAGGAAUACCAUAAAUGAAGAGUCUCUCAUGAUCGCCACUAUGGUCACCUUGCGCGAGGCUACGUCGUUCUCAAGCGGACGCACGCUCGUGCCAGACGAACUGUUGCCUCUCCGCCGCCGCCUGCAGGUGUACAUGCGGGAGUUAAUGCAAGGGGAAUACGAAGUGGGCACUCAAAAUCAGUUGGCAGAUAUCAUAUUUGAACGCCACGCUGAAUUUAUUAACCGCAUUGCUUCGAUCACACCGAUACGUCCAAGCGUCGACAUAAUAGAAUCUAUGAAAGCGGUACUCAUACGUUUCCUGAACGAGGCGAUGCUUGUGAUGUUCUUGGAUAACAACGAGAUAUGCUCCCGUAGGUUCCGUAUCGUGUACCCGAGAAUGUUCUAUGAACUCUGCGGAGUGAUAUCCUACUGCUGCUUGGAAGGGGUUGAGGGUCUACGAAGGAUUUAUCGCUCGUUCUUGACGGAUCUAAUCCAAAACAUCGAUGAGCCUGUCCGUGAUUUACUACACAGCCUGGCUAUGGAGAAUUUGAAUGCGGCAAUUAGUCGUAUAGAUGCCAACAAAGUGCACUGCGCUCAGUUCAUACGCAAGAGGGGAAAUCAACCUUCCACUUCGGCACAGACCAGCACCUAUGAGGAGGCUGGCUCCAUGGAUACCACAGAUGUAGACUCACAGCAAUCUGAGCCCAUGCAAGCUUCGCCAUUGUCGCCAUCAUUGGCCGAUUCUUCUGAAUUGGAGGCAGAAUAUGACAUAUACAAUUGUCCAACUCCACCACCUCACGAGCUCGCUGAAAUUACUGGUGUCGGCAUAGUUCCUACCGUCACUACAUUGUUGAACGCCAAUUUGCCUCCAUCGCCUCCAGUAUCGGUAUCGUCGGCCUCCACAGUUCCGACCGCGCCGAUCGUACCCACAGUCACCACUGUACCCAACGUAUCGUCAUAUCAAACGCCCACAACAGUACAAUCUAUCCCAAUAGUACCGACUGCUCCGAUGGUACCAUCUGCUCCAACGACGUCAACGGCGCCAAUCGUUCCGGCGACUCCAAUAGUGCCAACCGUCCCUAUUGUACCCGCCGUCCCAAUUCUACCGGAUCUUCCCGUCGUCCCGCCGCACCCCAUUGCAGCGGCUACUCCAAUAGUGUCGGCUACUCCAGUCAUAGUGCCAGCUCCAUCAAUGGUACCUGCCCCUACAAUGGUGCCGGCACCAGCGAUAGUGCCCACUCUGCCAACUAUCCCCGCCGUCCCAGCUAUCCCCACUCUCCCCAUCCCGCCCAUUUCACCAUUAUCCCCGAAUUAUGCAGAACGAUCCGCCCAAGUUAACGUCACAUCGACGGUCACUUCGAACUCGGCUCAACGCAACUCGCCAUCGAGUACACGCGGAAGAGGCAGCAUGUCGCCAAUCAUGGAGGACGACAGCAAUCCUGAAUUGCGGCAAUAUUCCCGUGGCAGAGCCUCGUCCCGCCGCUCGUGUCCGUUCGUAGACGAUGAUGAUUUCUGGGGCGAUCAUGAUCGCGGCCACCGCAACACCCGUUCACGGUAUAGCGCUCCGGCGACCGCUACGGCGCCCAUGCGCGCCGAACCGUUCCACUUCGACGAUCAGCAUCGUCGAUCUAACGCGUCGGCCACAGCUACGACGUCGCGCCCCACCAAUGUUUUUGAGCCUCGGACGAGAAGACGCAAUUCGUCAUCUUCUUCACCGACGCGCCCAGAGCGUGCGUCUGUCAGUCAUCGGGCACGAUACAACACCUCGGGCCCGUCUACGUCAUCGCGCCACGAGCGUUGCCAUGAUUCCAGACAUUCCACUUCGGCCCCGUCUACGUCAUCGCGCCACGAGCGUUGCCAUGAUCCCAGACAUACUGUGACGUCGACGUCCACGUCGUCUUACCACGAACGCUCACAUGAUUCUCACCGUGGCCAUCGCGGUCGCAGAACACAUCGUGGAUCUAACCUGCCGCCAAUAUAUGCCAGGAUGACCGUCACGGACCGUUUGAACGAAUUAAGUCGACUCAGCUAUCCAGGAACGCAAAACGCAGAAAGGGACACCUACGUCAACGGCUACACUGCUGCUGCCUUUGGUCCCGGCAGACGCAGGCACAACCAGCGCAACAGUCCGGACUCGCCAUCAUCGCAAGAUGAUUCCGAUAAUUUGAGAUUCGUGCCACCUGCGCAGAUAGCGCAGCAUUGGGGCGAGGAUUGGGUGCCAACAUUUACUAGGGAUAUACAGCGGCAAAAUGACCCCUCUGAGCCUUACAGUGAUGCCUACCUUUCGGGCAUGCCGCCCAAGAAACGACGAUGUGUCAGACAGUCACGACCUCCCACUACGCUGAAUGGCCUCAUCAGUGAGAGCCUGAGCGAAGUGGCCUCUCACCUACCACCGCCCGAGGAGCUGCGCGCUGCGUUCAGGGAGCACGUGCGCGUCAUCGCACGCGCCCGCGCCGCCACAUCAGCAGACUACGAACCGAGGCGACUCGUGGCCACUGCUCGAUUCCUCAGGCAGAACAGGUCGAGCACACGGAAGUCAGCAGAAACCACGAGCGGCAGUGAA